AUGUCUCCAAUUCUCACAGAAAUUCCGAAAUUUACAUUGUUACCUUCAACGCAUACAUUAGCGAACCCGACUUUUUUCGAAUCGGGAGUGGUUUCUGCAAGUCCUUCCGUGGGCUUGACAAUGAGCGAAUCUCAGAAGCAUGAUAUGUAUCAAACAGCAGACAGACACCUAGCACUCGUGGUCGGAUGCAUCCUUUGCUCAGCUGCACUCGCACUGGUGAUGAUUCUCUUCUGUUUGCGCUGGCGAAAACGCAGGACAGUGCGCUUUCAAGAUCCACCACGCAGGAAGAACAUGAAGCUUUUUGAUACAAGCAGUGUCGUCGAUGGCGUGAAAACAUGGCUAAAAGAGACUUGGGACGGGUUUAAAGCAGCUGAUCGUCCGCCGUUCCAGUCACGAGCUCGGGUUCCCAGUCAUCAAGUGUUGAGUCAAGGUAGGCCAGUGCAUGGUCACCAACCAAGGGGUUCAAGAGUCAUACCUCAGAACCCCAAGAGCACAGCCACCACUACAAGAGCAAAACAUAUUCCCUUGCAAGUCUUGUAUCCAGGAAUUGAAACCGGGGAAGGCCUCGAUCCAAGCAUCAUCUCACCAACAACCUCACAAGUCCAAGGACAAGGUCCAAGUGCCGAACAAGGUACCGCACCCAAUGGCCCUACCAAUCUAUGA